CAAGAGAACAACAGAUAUACACAACAUCAUUUUCGCUUUUGCACCCUCUGUUUCUUCUUCUUCUUCUUUUUCUUUCCUGCAGUAACUCAUCAUUUUAUCCAUCAACCCAGAAGCAGCUCAGUAAAUUUUUGCUCACCUCAAGUGAUCAUGCACAUAUAAGGAUCAUACAUGUAUAUACAAGCAUAAGAAGAAGAAAAACAUCAAGAAUUAGGCUUGGAGGUAUUUCUAGAGGGUCUCGAAUGGAGAGAAGAGUUAAUGUAUCCGUUGUCGUAGUUUUUGUUGUUAUAGCUCUGUUGUUGAUAAAUGGAUCAGAGGGAGAUCCGAGAUCCAAGAUGGUUGAGAUCAAGUGUGGGAAGAUUGUAGAGCAUAAUGCAUCUGUUUUUGUACCGAAUUUUGUUGCUACGAUGGAAAAUAUUAGUAGCCAGAUGAGAAGUUCAGGUUUUGGUGUAGCGAUUACUGGUAGAGGGGUGGAUACUAACUUUGGACUUGCUCAAUGUUAUGGUGAUCUUUCUUUACUUGACUGUGUUUUGUGCUAUGCUGAAGCUCGAACUCUACUUCCUCAGUGUUAUCCUUAUAAUGGAGGUCGAAUUUACCUUGACGGUUGCUUUAUGAGGGCUGAGAAUUUUACAUUUUUCGAUGAAUACAAAGGACCUGAAGAUGUGGCAGUGUGUGGAAAUGGCACUGGAAAGAGUUCUAAAUUUCAAGAAGCUGCAAAAGCAGCUGUUGCACAAGCAGUUGUAGAUGCACCAAACAAUCAGAACUAUGCUCGAGUUCACUUUAAACCGACUGGAGGAGGUCAAAAUGACUCAACAUAUGUGUUGGCUAAUUGCUGGAGGACAUUGAAUGCGAGUUCUUGUAAGGCUUGCCUUGAAAAUGCUUCUUCUUCAAUACUGGGAUGUUUGCCUAGGUCUGAGGGCCGAGCAUUGAACACUGGCUGCUUCAUGAGGUAUUCUGACACCAACUUUCUUAAUCCUAUACCAGGCGGUGGAAGUUCAAAAGGGACAGUUGUAGUGAUUGUGGUUGUCACCAUUAGCUCUGUUAUUGUUUUGGUAGUCGGGAUAGUUAUUGCAGUUUACAUAUGGAAACACAGGAAGAUUCAAAAGAAGAGAAGAGGUUCAACCGAAGUGAAUAAAUUGGUGAAGACUCUUCACGACAGUAGCUUGAACUUUAAAUACUCAACAGUUGAGAGAGCCACCGGGUCUUUUGAUGAAGCCAACAAGCUUGGGCAAGGAGGAUUUGGGACGGUUUAUAAGGGAGUUCUGGCAGAUGGACGAGAGAUUGCAGUCAAGAGGCUUUUCUACAAUAACAGACACAGAGCCGCAGACUUUUUUAAUGAAGUUAACAUUAUUAGCAGCGUUGAACAUAAAAAUCUUGUCAGGUUGUUAGGAUGCAGUUGUUCAGGUCCCGAGAGUCUUCUUGUGUAUGAAUUUUUGCCAAACAGGAGCCUUGAUCGGUUCAUCUUUGACUCAAGCAAAGGAAAAGAACUUAACUGGGAAAAGAGAGAUGAAAUUAUCAUUGGAACUGCUGAAGGUUUAGUCUACCUUCACGAGAACAAUAAGAUUCGUAUAAUUCAUAGAGAUAUUAAAGCAAGCAACAUUCUGUUGGAUUCAAGGCUCAGAGCUAAGAUUGCUGAUUUUGGAUUAGCCCGGUCUUUCCAAGGAGACAAGAGUCACAUUAGUACCGCCAUUGCAGGAACAUUAGGAUAUAUGGCACCCGAAUACCUUGCCAAUGGCCAAUUAACUGAAAAGGCAGAUGUGUACAGCUUCGGGGUGCUCUUGCUGGAGAUAGUUACUGGAAGGCAAAACAACAAGGGCAAAAGCUCUGAAUUUUCCGACAGCCUGGUUACAAUUGCAUGGAAGCGUUUUCAACAAGGCACCGUAGAGGAGAUUCUUGAUACGAACCUAAUGUUGAACGAUUUCCAUCGAAGCAAUGUAAAGGCAGAAGUUCUCAGAGUGGUACAUAUAGGACUAUUGUGCAUCCAAGAGGCUGCAUCACUAAGACCUUCAAUGUCGAAAGCACUCAAAAUGCUGGCAAAAAAGGAUGAAAUCCUCCCCCCACCAACAAAUCCUCCUUUCAUUGAUGAAAAGACCAUGGAGCUUAACGACACGAGUGAUGAUCCAUUUUACCCUCAGAAUGGUUCUAGUUCUGCUUCAAUUGCUAAUAUCUCCCACAGUUCUUUCUACCCACGGUAACCCAUUAUUUCUUGAAACUAGAAGCAUCAUGCACAUACAUUACAGUGAAGUGUUGAACAGAAACCGUCAAUAGUUAACCUCUGCCUGUACUUGGCUCGUCAAAUCUGCACUUGGUCCGAUCUUAGACCCUACUUCCGAGUGAAACAUACUGUUUGAGUUGGUUGUCAGGAUUCUGCCCGUACUUGGCUCGUCAACGUUUGCACUUGAUCCGAUCUUAGACCCUAUUUCCGAGUGAAACAUACCGUUGGAGUUGGUUUAUUAGGAUUCGGAAAAAAAUGUGACUUGUGUUGCAAAGACAUUGUUUAGAAGGCUGGCAGGACACACUAAAUACAAUCUCUUCAUAGUAUACAAUUUUAGCAAGUGAAGAAGUGACAUAUUGUUGCUAAUUAUUUGUGAAUUUUUGCUGAUGCACAAAAUUAAUGAUACUGUGAUGCUUAACCGACU